UGAAUGUCUCUCAAUCUUUCUGCGGCGCCCCAAUCUUCUUCAUUCUUUAGAAAUGCAAAAACAAAUUUCCCAAUCAAACCAAAAAAAGAUCUCUUUUCUCUUUUAGCCGCGUACUGGAUGAAUUUACUGCACUGUACUUUCUUCUCUCUGACGAUUCUUGAUCUGUUCGUCCUAGAAUUUUUUCAUUGCUGUAGACCCGAAUCGAAAAGAGUUCAGGGUUUCCAGUAAAAAUUUACAGACCAUUUUCGUAUAUCUUCACUCAGCAUAAAUGAAUGCCAUCUUUUAAAGGAGGAGGAAAGAAUAAUAAGAAAGAGGCUGAAAGAAAGAACUUCAUGGAUGCAAGAGAAAAGAAGGGCUUCAAAUGAAAGAAGAGGAAGGUGAUGGUACAGCAAUAAUUUUCCUCCAAAAUAUCACUGAAAUAAUAAGGGUGCUGCAAUUGGACAUUAGUGUCCAUCUUAUCCAAUCCCUGCAGGACAGAAUUUUUAAAAAGGAAUUUGUUCUAGUAAGUAGUUCAAUACAAAAACCAAUUUGCUAAAAUGUUUGGCUUUAGGAAAUCACCUGCCAGUAAACUGCCUAACCAAAACUCUGUAGAUCCUCAUAAUCCUUUUGAUUCUGAUGUGCAAUCUGAUAACAAACCAACCAUUACUACACUGGCAAGAACAACUUCUUCUAAUCCUUUUGAAUCUGAUACGGAAUCUGAUAAUGAACCAACUAUUACACCGAAAAGAACAACUUCUUCUGAACCAGUGCUCAUUACACCAGACCUAAAAUCUACACCAUUUGAUGAUGAUGAGGAUGAUUUUGGGAGAGGAGCCUCUUCCUCAACACCAUACUCCUCUAGAAACAAACAGAACAAUAAUUUUCAGGGCAGGAUAGACCUUGAGAGCAUGUCCAUUCAAGAAUUGGAGAGUUGUGCUGUGAACAAGGCUGAAGAGACGACGAACUCUGUGAACAACUGCCUGAGGAUUGCAGAGGACAUUAGACAGGAUGGUGUUAGAACUUUAGAGACUUUGCAUCGACAGGGCGAGCAAAUCCGCGGGACCCACAUAAUGGUUGUUGAUGUCGACCGAGAUUUGAGCAGGGGGGAGAAACUGUUGAAUGAUCUGGGCAGCAUGUUUUCUUUGCCUUGGAAGCCAAAAAAGACAUCGGACAUCAAGGGGCCUUUAACUUCAAGAGCUUUGACGUAUGAAAAUGACAGAGGAAAACAAAGUAGCUCAUUUCAAAGGGAAAGAUUAGGUUUGGAUCCAGCACCUAAAGGACGGCCCGUUUCCCGUACGCCUCCUCUGAAUCCAACAAAUGCCUUGCAGAAAGUAGAGGUGGAGAAGGAAAAUCAAGAUGAUGCAUUUUCAGAACUAAGCAAUAUAUUGGGUGAAUUAAAGGGCAUGGCUACUGACAUGGGUUCUGAACUUGACAGGCAAAACAAGGACCUCAGUUACCUUCAAGACGAUGUGGACGAACUAGGUUCUCGGGUGAAAGGCGCCAAUCAACGUGCACGUCGUUUGAUUGGAAAGUGACGUAUUUGAAUUUCAGAGAGCUCAAAUAUGUUUUAUGGAAUGAUAGUUGAGCACUAAGUGUCAAGCUUUGUUGCAUCUUUUGCGGUUAUAUUUUUCAAGGAAUUCUUACAUUGUGAAGUUGGUUGUAAUUUGCACAAUUUCAUAUAUACUUGCAAUAUCAGAAUUUUGUCUGCUGUGACAUUACAUUUUGACUUUUUCUCUUAA